GGGAGAGAGAGAGAGAGAGAGAGAGAGAGAGAGAGAGAGUUAACAGGGGAUCCAUGGAGCAUGUCACAGCACCACUGUUUUCUAUGUCUUCUUGUCCACGAUGCACUUUAGGAUUGCAAUAAGAUGCGUGUGUGUUUCCAGAUAAUCAGUUUCUUCCUCGCCGUAAACUUUUACUGCCAGCCGCUCCGAGCUCAGGAUCCCUCCUGUUGCCACCAUGCUGCCGAGUUCUCGCCUUGCAAAGAAGCUUGUGACCAGCUCGCUACUAUAAAGAGUGAGUCUCGUCUAAAGCAUCUCCUCCAGAGGUUACCCGGUUACUGCCCAGAGUCCAUGAAUGAACUCUGGAUGUGCAUCAACUCUACACUUCCAGGAGUAUCCAGGAAGUCAGACGGCUGGGUGGGGCUGGGCUGCUGUGAGCUGGCUAUCUCAGCUGAGUGUCGCAGGGAAUGCAGACAGGCUUCAUCCAAAAAUGACAUAACAAAAGUAUGCAAGAAGCCCACAGAGACCUCCCUCUACGGCUGCAUCACCAAAAAUGAAAUGGGCUCCACAUGCUGCAGCUAUGCGGGGCGUCACACCACCUGCAGAGAGUACUGCCAGGCCAUCUUCAGGACCGACUCGACCCCCACCGUGUCCCAGAUCAACGCAGUCAAAGAGUACUGUCAGAGUCACAGCGCUCAGCUGCUCAGCUGCGUCAGCAACUUCACCAAGUCCUACCCCAUACGCAGUCCUCUAGACAGUCUGUACUGCUGUGACCGGGCAGAGGCUGCACACUGCCAGGUGGCUUGCCGGCAUAUCCUUCGCACCAUGAGCACGGAGCACGAGAUCAUGGAGGGUCUGAUCGAGGAGUGUGGCUCCCAGCCUCUCCCUCAGGAGCCCAUGUGGCAGUGCUUUCUGGGCAGCGCCCACCCUCCUUCCCCGCCUGAAGAGGAGACCCCUCAUCCCGCCAAGAUGGACUGCGCCAAACUGCACUGCUGCUCCAAGGCUAACACCACACUCUGCAGGGAAAUGUGUCAGGAGAUCAGCACUAACUGGGGCAGCCAGACGUGGCAGGAUUUCGAUCAGCUGUGUGAGUACAACCCGGUGGAGACGGAGCUCAUCAACUGCCUGGCUGACGUCAGAGAGCCCUGCCAGCUGGGCUGCAAGGACCUCACCUACUGCACCAACUUCAACAACAGGCCCACGGAGCUGUUCCGCAGCUGUAACGUCCAGUCAGACCAGGGCGCCAUGAACGACAUCAAGCUGUGGUCCAACGGGACCAUCAAGAUGCCUUUCAUGAACAUACCUGUGCUGGACAUCAGGAAGUGCCUGCCCGACAUGUGGAAGGCCGUGGCCUGUUCCCUUCAGAUCAAACCCUGCCACAGCAAGUCCAGAGGAAGUGUCAUAUGCAAGUCAGACUGUGUGGACAUCUUGACACAGUGUGGGGACAGGAAACGUUUCCACGAAGGACAAACUCCAGAGAGGAUCUGUGAGCUGCUGUCGCCUAUUGAUGACCCUGAACGCUGCAUCCCCCUCCACAGAUACCUCACCCCCAGUACACUAGGCAACAACAUUGUUGAGGAGGUCAUCCAUCCAUGCAACCCCAACCCGUGCCCCAGCAACCACUUGUGUCAGGUGAACAGGAAAGGCUGCCUCGACGAACUCAACUGUCAGCCGUACCUGUGUGUGCCAGGCUGUAAACUGGGCGAAGCCUCAGAGUUUCUGGUGCAGCAGGAUGCUCGCAUCCAGGUGCCGACUCGCACUGGUCCCGCUGGGUGCUACGAGGUCUGCAGCUGUGGUCCCAGUGGACGUCUGGAGAACUGUGCGGACAUGCCCUGCAUGGACACCAGCAAGGCCUGCGUGGUGGGAGGACAGAGAAAAAACCACGGGACGUCUUUCAAGAUCGAAUGUCACACCUGUUCCUGCUUUGCUGGUGACACCAUCUGCUCCACAAGAGAAUGUAUCAGCGACGAGGAGCGCCGACACUUUACCGGUCUUCCCUGUAGUUGUCCGGACCGCUUUGUCCCGGUGUGUGCCUCUAACGGGCGGACCUAUCCCAGUGCCUGUGUGGCUCGCUGUAUGGGAUUCAAGGACCACGAGUUUGCCUUCGGCUUGUGCCGCCUCAGUAACCCCUGUGAUAAUAAACCCUGCCAGAGGAACCAGAGGUGCAUCCCAAAGUAUCGUGUGUGUCUCAGUGACUCUUCGGACUGCCCGCAGUAUGAGUGUGUUGGCCGGCCGGCAGCCUGUGAUAAGAACAGUGUGGAGCCCGCCUGUGACACUGACGGCCUGGUCCACCCCAGUCUGUGCCAGCUGCAGCAGGCCGGGAAAACCCUGGCCUACAUGGGCCACUGCCAGGAUGUCUGCAGGAAGCCUCAGCAAGUUUGUGGCCAUAACGGUGAGACCUACAACACCGUGUGUGACGCCUUCUCUGACCGUGUGGCCGUGGACUACGAGGGCCCCUGCCACGCCGUGGGUCCCGUGUCCGAUGUGGCCCCAGAGUCUGCAUGCAGCAUGAUCCCCUGUCCACCUCUGUCCACUCCAGGCUGCCGACCUGUCACCCCACCAGGAGCCUGUUGUCCAAUAUGUGCCAGCAUGCUGCAGAUCCUCUGGAACAAAGAGCAGAUGAACACUUUCUCUAAGCUGAACAAGAAUCAGCCGGUGACGGUCCAUGAUGUCCUGCAGAUCCUCAGGCUUCAUGUCUCAGUACCACAGUGCGACGUCUUCGGGUACCUGAGCAUCGACCACGAGCUGGUGGUCCUUAUCGCUCCGGUGGACCAGCAGCCGACACCACUGCAGAUCGAAGCCUGCAGUAAAGAGGCCGAGAAGAUCGAUUCCCUCAUCAACUAUGCCAGCCCCACGCUGGUCUCCCACGUGCCCCUCUCUGCCUUCCUCGCCUCUGAGAUCAAGACCUCCUCCAUCCAGUCGUCCGGGGGCUCUCUGCCUUCACCUCUGCCUCCUGGCCUGUGUUUCCUCCUGGGCCUGCUCAUCACCGCAGCCCCUGUCUUCCACCACCUCUAAAAAGUGUUUUUUACCCCCUCCCGGCCUCUCUCCCACUAACUCUUGAGUGUUCCAAAGUUACCCUCCCUCUCUCCUUGGAUGACGGGGGUGUCAUGAGGUGAGUGUGUUCAGGUGGUCAUGGACCAGGAAGAAGCGGCGGCGAAGCCUUUUCGACAAUCAUUCGUAUUGACUCACCUGCGUGUCAAACAAUCAAGGCGGUGGAAAAGCUCUUAAUAUGGAAAGCUUUUGUAUGAACAGUGUUAUUCAGUGGACAACUUACUGAAAUGUGUGCGUGUGUGUGUGAGUGUGUAUGUGUGUGUGCGUGUGUCUGACUUCAUACCAGCAGUGUUUUUCCUUCUUCCCAGAAUCAAGCUUUCCUCUGAAGCUGUUGGGUGGGAAUGUAAAUUUCAUCACUCACUCUGUCUUCUUCUGAGCCUUUGUGUGUGUAUGUAUGUGUGUGUGUGUCCGAUCGGAUUUCGGAGACAGACUAGGACAAAACAUUCCUGUCUGGCAGCGCAUCUGUCUGACAAAUUACCAGGAAAUUCUCGGUCACACACACUUCCACACGUACUCACACACAAAGACGUGUCACUGAAUCCAGACUUCUCUGUUCGGUGGAAACAUGUUCGAUAGAGUCUGAUCAGCAUCAGAGUGACACUUUCCAUAUCUCCAGUAAGUGCACAUGUCCCACAUGUGCAUGUAUAUAUAUACAUGUGAGGUGUAUAUGGACCUAGUGUUUGAACCUCUAACCUCAGCAGUGUUAGUGCCAUGCUCAUGGACUGAGCCAGCUCAGAUUAAACUAAUCCAGCAUCCAAAGUACUGACCAAACACAGAGUUCCAAAAGUCAAUCAAAAAGUUCAAAAUUGAAGGGAGCCGGGUUCUGUUGUGUUUCACAGCAGCGUAGUGAAGCAGAUCAGAGCUCAAAUGGUGAUCAAGGACCAAAAUGUCAGUCAGCUUACCUGAUGCCAUGGUAACCUGCUGAUAAUUUAUCAAUAAAUGAAGUCAAAUCAAAUCAAAUAAAGUAUAAAUAUGUUAUAAAAAUAUUCUGUGUGCAUGAAAAAAGAGGCAUUUAAAGACCGUAUCAGUGUUACUCUGCAGCACAACCUGGUAACUACAAGCAUUUUCCAAAGCUCGACAUCAGUAUGUAGAUAGAUUUCCUACUUUUCACAGUGGUUCCCAACCCUGAGUCAGGUCUUCACUAGAUAUUACUUUGCUUUAAAAGGUCACAAGCCAAACAGAUUCGGAACCUCUCUCGCAGACCUGUGAUGAGGUCAAUGUUUUGAUUUGUCCAAAUAACAGUUCAAAACCCUAAGGUAUUGAACUCAUAAUCUGACACUGUGGACUGCAGUAAUUCUUCACUUCUGAGAAGAUAAAACUAUGAACUACUGAUUGGCAUUCAAGCUUGAUAAACGACUUAAAUGAUUUAUCAACUCAUCCUGUAAGCACUGUAGCAUUUAAAAUCAAGUCACUGCUUCAUAUAGUGAGUCCACCAAUCCUCCACAUUAAAUGUUUUUUUUCCAUCACACAUUAAUGCAGCUGCUAAUAAGGCUGUGAGACAAAACUCAAUGGUGCAUCCAGCUCUGCUACAAAGCUCAUGGUCAGCACUGAUGUGCCCUAGUAUAUUGACAGGAAAUCAAAUCCACUAGACAAAGACUGUAUGAAAGGAAAAUUAGGUUAUUUUUGCAUGAAAAAUGUUGUUCAGCAGCCAAACCACGUCACAGUGUCCAUGAAUGCAACAAGAGAUUAAGAUCCUGCUCGCAGCUGCAGAACACAUGACCAUUUCACUUUAAGACCCAAAUUAAAAUGUUCAUUGAGAUGGAUCGCCCAUCUCAACCUUUACAACUCUACAAGUUGUUUUAAUAGCGUACUGAAAUGAAGUGAAACCAAUAGCUGUCUGGAAGUGAGGAAACCAUUUUAAAUCUGAUGGUAGGCUUUGGAACAUGCUCGACAGGAUGGCAAGCAUACAUGAUUUGUAGUUAAAGAGGUACUCCGUAGCGUUGUACGUCCAUAAAGUUAGAAGACUUUAGCAGAGACCCAAACAUCUUGACAGCCCCUAUAUUAGAUCCUCAUGGCCUGAUAAACACCAGCACCAUUUCUUAGUCCAUAUUGGAAGGCAGGCUUUUUGUUACAGUCUCCAGACCCAAGUUCGACACAGUCUCAGAACCCAUCGGCUAUCAUCUGAUGAAAAUCUGCCUCUGGUGCCAACAGCCAAUGUUUCUGGGCUUCAGACAACAGAUAUCCAGCCCAUGACUUCCUCUGCAGUCCGAUUGACAACUUUAUAUGCAAGAAUGGCGAGAAAGACACAUUAUUGAUAAUCUCUGAACAGAUAUCUCCAUAUGAAUUCCACUGACUUAAAAAAAAAUUUUGUCUCGAUGGCUUCCAUCUUUUAACCAGUGCAUUCCUCCUCUUUCCCCUCAUAUGGACUGUUUACCUGCAUGUAACCAAAGCCCACUCAAACAUGUACAAACAGCUACUGGUGGCAAAAUCUUGGUCCCUUGGCUACAGAUUCUCCAUUCAUACGCAGAUAUCUGUUUCGAUUAAAGCAACAGUGUAAUCCCACUGUAGUAAAUAUGGACAGCAGUGCGCUUGUUCUGAUUGCAUCGAGUCGACAACUUUGCAGACAGCCAAACAUCAACCAAGCGGUUACACAGUGAAGAAAAAAAUGUAGUGUUAUUUUCGCUUACUGUUUACCCCUGACUAAUAAUAGCUCAUGCAUCUAACAUGCAUCUCCUAGAUGAAUCUUAAUUAGUAUCUGAUGUGUGAGUAUCUCAUGAGCACCACUUGUACCAGGACCGUGCUAAUAAAACAGAUGAAGAGUCCCGAUCACGGCUCCCUUCGUGUGAGGCCAGUAGCUCUGAAAAACAAAAAAAGGGAUGCUUCCUGUCUGUACGUAUGAACUAGAAGCCAUUUAAUAACAAAAGGACAAUCAGCUAGUCACUGCCCACAGUGUACUCUGGGUAGAGAAGAUUUCCACAGUAUGCCUUGCAUAUAGUGUCUUAUAUGAAGUAAUAAUGAAAAUGCAAUAACUUUAUAUUUGUUAAGAAAUGUCUCUAUAUUUUAUAUGUAUCUGAUAAUGAUUGAGAUAAUGACCACGUAGCUGUUAUUCUUUAUUGCAUGAUGACAAUUAUGAAGUGUUUUUACUCCAGAAUGUAUUAUAGUGUGUGUUCUGUCUGUCUGUGUGUGUGUGUGUGUGUGUGUGUGUGUGUCUGUCUGUCUGUCUGCCUGUACAGCACAAUGUGUCACAGUCUCUAACAGUAUUACUGUGCUAGGCAGCUCUGUAGCAGGGAACUCUCCCCACAGCUCCUCCAUCUCUUCUAUUUUGUAUUAUUAUAAUUCUUCUAAUUAUUAUUAUGAAUAUGGUUAUUUGUAUGUUUAUGUUCUCUGGAGCCAACGUAAAUCUGCUUACUUUUCAAGAUUUUGUACGUGUUCAAUAAUUUGUUCAUGUGUUCAUUUCAUGUCACACCUGAAAAAAAAUAAAGGUGAAAGAGUGCUGAGUCAACAUUUUGGAGAAAAUGCUAAUUCACUUUUUUGUUUGUUCAGUGCAGAGCUUGUUGUUAGCUUAGCUUAGCCUGGCACCCUUCUAAAGCUAACUCAUGUCUAAGCUAACCUUGUAUCUUGGUUGGACUCGAUCUUUCCCAGCUGACUGAGGCUCGAUACCUGGCAUCAUGGUAGUAAAGUGCUCUGUAAUGAUUCAAGAUGACGAGCUGAAGCCAAAAAAAACACAAAGUCAUCAGUUAAAAACAACAAAUAAAGGAUCUGUAUUAUUCUUUCACUGCACAAUAAUGUUUCUUUCUGGCAUAUUACCUGUUACCUUAAACUCUGAUAUCAGUUCUGAACAUAAGCCCCACGUAAUCAUAGAGUUUGAUAUGCUCACUCAUGACUAACUCAACUUUGUAGGUAACUAGUAAGCAAGGCUAACAUUGGCGGCUUACUUUUAAAGAUACUCGACCUUCCAAACUAUGAAUGCAUUAUAAUGUGUUUUGGUUUUUGUUGUCAGCCCUCUGCCCUGGAAACUGAGAGGAACAGUAUUUCUUGCAGGAAGCUCAUUUCUCCUGUCUUUCCAUAUGAUGUAAAAACAGUGUUAUGGAGUGUAAUUCAAUCAAUCAGCUGUUCUGAGCACAUACACCCUCAGGCAGGCUGGAGGAGUCAGUCCAAUCAGCUGAGAUGGUUUUUCUAUAAUAAAAACAUGCAGGACUGUCGUCACUCAUACUGUGUUUUUUCAGUUCUUUCCUUUGUUGGUUUGGUUUGUAAGGGUCAUCAACUGUUGUUCUUUUCUUUGCAUCAUCAUCAUGUUUGACUCUGUAAAAGUGCCAUGAAUUAAAAAAUGGAAGAAAGUCACCAGGAUGCAUAUUUCAUUAA